CACACACAUGCACAAAACUCAGUUUACGCAGAAAGCAGACAAAAAUGAAGUUAUUAGUGCUAUUAGUACUUGCAUGGUCAGAAAUCAAUUUGUGCACUGCUACUGGUGAUGCAGAACUAACAGUGAGCUUCACUGAGACCUCUUUCACUGUAACUGAGGGAGGAGAGGCUGUGCCAGUGUGUGUGGCAGUCACCCCUGCACUGAUUGGAGAGGCUAUGGUGAUGGUAGAACUGAUGAGCAGUGAGGGAUUCUCUCAAGAUCUCACUGUUGAACCAACAAGCACACUGACAUUCACCAACAUCACAACCCAAGUUUGCUGGAAUGUUGCUGCCCUAGAUGAUCCUAUAUUUGAGAAUUCUGAGAGUUUCACGCUGACAAUUGUACCGAUGACUGCUGGAGUGUCUGUGGGGCAGCAAAGUACUGUCACUGUAAUAGAUAAUGACAAUGUCACAGUUGCAAUGACUCAUGACCAGUGGUUUGUCACUGAAGGAGAGAUGGUAAUGGUUUGUGUAACCUUGACUGGACAGUUGGGGAGAAGUGUAGUUGUGAGUCUGACCAGCACCGUCGGAACUGCUUCUUUAAGUGAUUUUAGCUUAGCAUCAGGCGAGCUGAUGUUCACUCCAUCAAGCACAAAUCAGGAGUGUUCGGUUGUAAUGGCCACAAGUGAUGACAUCUUUGAAGAUGAUGAGACAUUCACAGUGACACUAAACCCGGACAGUCUCCCUAGUGGGGUCACCAUAUCUGGAAGGAGCUCCACUACUGUGACUAUUUCUGCCAAUGGUGGUGUUACCAUCCAAAUGAUGGAAACUCAGGAGCAAGUUACGGAAGGAGAGACUGUAAUGGUUUGUGCUUCGCUGACUGGACAGUUAGGGAGAAAUGUUGAAGUCAGACUAGCAACCAGUAGUGAGGAAACAGCUUCAGAUACAGACUUUGUAUCAGCAUCAGUGACAAGAGUAUUCACUGCUACUGAUACAACAGACUUCAAGUGCAUUGACAUUACAACAAGUGAAGACAAUAUUUUUGAGGGAAAUGAGAUGUUCACUGUGUCACUGAGUGUGGUAAGUCCAACUACUGGAGUCACUGUCAUUGAAGGGAGGAGCCAAACCACAGUGAUCAUUGUGGAUGAUGAUGAGGUGAUGGCUGAAAUCACAACUUCAGGAGUAACAAGUUCAGAAGGUGACAUUCUUGUGACAGAAGGGCAAUCUGUUCAGGUGUGUGUUGCAAUCAGUGGUGCAACCAUUAGUGAGAGAGAGGUUGUGGUACAUGUUGCUACUAGCGAACUGGAUGAUAUAAAAGCAGCAACUUCGAACAGCGAUUAUGAACAUUUGACAGUGGAUGUAACAUUUACUGUAUCGCAAGUUUGUGGGAUCAUUAUUCAAACAAGACUGGACUUAAUUUAUGAGCACAACGAAGUGUUUAGUGUGAACCUGUCAGUUGAUGCCAGUGCUAAUCCGAGGGUCAGACUUGGGACAAACAUAAUCAUUCGCAUUACUGAUAGGCAAAGAGCUGUAAUAUCGCUAGUGAACCAAACUAUAGUGCAGAAUGAAGGAGAUGGUGAUGUCUCAGUGUGUGCUAGACUAGACUCUCCAGCGGGAGGGGCAGAGAAGGAGAUAUUUAUAACACUCAAUAAUAAUAACUUCACCUUCCCCUCCAACUCUCCUGUGAGGGAUACCCACUGCUUAAAUAUGACAGUUACCAAUGACAAUGUGUACCAAACUAGUCCAGUGUUGAUGGAGACUGUUACUCUCAGUAAAAUGAAUGGUCAAGGAAGAUUGGAUCUGACCAACACAGUUGCAACGGUGACUAUCAACGAUGAUGAUGAUGCUGUUGUCUCCAUGGCCACUGAUGCCAUGACAACUACUGAGGGUGGUGUGGUUGAUGUGUGUGCUAAUCUAGUCAGUCCAUCUAGUGGAACAAGUGUACCCAUCACUGUUGUGUUUACUUGGAGUGGAGGAUCGGACACUGCAACCUUCUCGGCUAACUCAAACGCAAACACUCGAGCGUGUAUACAAUUGACAGUGGCAGAUGAUGAUAUAUACGGGACGUCUCCAAUACCAGUCACUUUUUUGUUGAACAUUUCAAGCCCUAACUCAAGAGUGACUGUUGGAGGGAUAGGUCAAACCACAGUGACAGUCAAUGAUGAUGAUGAUCCUGUGUUGGCUCUAUCACAAUUGUCUUACACCUUUGCCGAAGCUACAGAGGAGACUGGAGAGAUCUGUGUUGUGUUGGAGGGUCCAUCUGGAGGACUGGCAACUGGAACACUUGAAGUGCUGUUCACUAUUGACACAGGCAAUAUCAAUAGACCAGCAACUCCGCAAGUUGAUUUCACUACUAUUUCUCUAAUGCAAGUGAGGCAGUUUUCUACUAUUGGAGAGUCCAAAUGUAUCUCAGUGGCAGUAGUUGAUGACGUCACCGCUGAUCCUGAUGAAUCGUUUCGAAUUACAGUAACUUCCCCCAACAACCGAGUUAGGUUUAGAGGUGGAGCUGUUGCUAUAGUAAUAAUCGACAAUGAUGAUGUGCUGCCUGGUCCAACUAACCUUAGAAAUUCUGCAACAGAAUCCAGAAACGUGAGCUUGAUGUGGGACCGUCCAGAUACUACCUCGAUUACUGUAACACUAAUUGAGUACAGUGUACAAGUGACUGGGACCGGUGGUUUUACACCAAUGUUGCAUACUACAAAUUCUACCUUCAUUGUCAUCAACAACCUUUUUCCUUACCAACAAUACCAGUUCUCUGUCAGUGCUAUUUAUGAGGAAGACAACAUUGGGGAAGAGGUUUCAAUUGAUGUAAGAACAAGACAAGAAACUCCUGGAAUUCUAACUGUUCCAACAGCCACUUCCACGGCAACCACCCUCACCCUCUCCUGGGAUCCACCAGCUGAACCUAAUGGAGUCAUCAUCAUCUACACACUGUAUGUGGACUACCUCAAUGGAACCACCACGACCUUUAAUACUACAUCCGAACAGUUCACAAUAUCUCCCCUGAGCCCCUAUCAAACUAUAUCAGUGCAAGUAUCAGCCAGUACUUCAGUUGGUGAGGGACUAAGAACAGUCAGUAUGGAGUUCACUACAGCUGAGGCCAAGUCUGGCCCAGUUGGUAGUCUGAGAGUCUUAAGAGUAAAUGAAACUACCUUCACUGUCAACUGGAUUGAGCCUGCCGAGGUUAAUGGAGUGUUACUAGCAUACACAAUCGCUGUCAACAAGGAAGAAAGCAGUUCAGCAGAUACAAAGCACUACAACACUUUAGCUACCUCGUUCUCUAUACAUGAAUUAGUCCCCUAUACUCCAUAUGUGGUAUCAGUGGCUGCCAUCAAUGGAGUCGGUAUUGGAGAAUUUUUUGCCAGUGUUGUACAAUUCACUGCUGAAGGAAUUCCUCUGUUCUAUCCUCGAGAUAUUGGUUCCACUCGACUGAAUGGAACAGCUGUGUGGGUGUCAUGGAGACCACUCACUCGCUCAGAGGCUAGAGGCUUCAUCACUAACUACACCAUCACCUACUGGAGAGUUGGCUCUAAUGCUGCAAAUGCUGGUACCAUUACAGUAUCUGGGGAAGACGCCAGCUCUGCUAUAAUUAUUAAUCUCGACCCAAACUCUGAUUACUACUUUACAGUGUCAGCUGGUACAGUACAGGGAAUGGGCAAUGUCAGUGUUGCCAUGGUUAUACCAACACAAUCAGGGAAUCAACCGAUGGUGGGAGAGAUUGUUGCAGGGCUGAUCAUUGCCGUGGUUCUUCUACUGACAAUCAUACUCAUAAUAGUCUGUAUUGUUUGCAUAAUUAGGAGGAGACAACAUGGUGGGCCUAAACAGGAAAGUGCAUCGAGGAAUCCAGCAUAUGGUAUGUCUGUUAUACAAGCUCCUAAUGAUGCAGGCAACGUCCAAUCAAAUGAUGAGCACACAUAUGAACAUGUACGAGAUAUACGUGUAGAUGAGGUGGUUUACGAAACUAUUGAUCCUGACAAAAACAGCGGUGAAGGUGAAGCAGUUAUGGUAUCCAGCAAUGCAGCCUACGGAGUGAGAUUGUGAUGUCAUAGAACACAAAUGUAACUGUAUACGUGUCAAUCAAGUCAAUCAGUGCAUGCUGAUAAGUUUAUUAGUAUUUUUGUACAGUCAUUGCAUGUAAUAGCAGAGAGUUGUUUUCUCAUAAAUCAAAGACGAUCUGUUCAUAUGACAUCACACACUCAAUCAACCAGGUUAA